AGCUUCAAGCCCAAUAAUUGGGGAACGGAACAAAAUCCGUUAGGGUUUAAGAUUCAGCCAGGGUUUUUUCCCUUGACAAAUAGGUAUUUAUUGCUUUUUACUGUUCUUCUUCAGGUGCUAAGCGCCUGGCCUCAAAUGGAGUUUGAGUAGGCGAAUAAACGGGGAGAAAAAUUUACAAGCUUGAUGAGAAAUGGACUCGGUUGAUGACGAUUUCGGUGAUUUAUAUGCCGACAGUGAGGCUCAAGCGACUUCUGUUAUCAAUGGCGUAGUGGAUUUCACCAAAUUGUAUAUAGAACCGGAAUAUGCUACCAAAAAUGACAGAAUUGAGGCUCCUAGCCCCAAAAAGGAUUUGGUACUCCAUCCAGAGGAACACAAUUCAUUGACCGAAGAGUCAAGUCAGUCGGCAAACGAUGAUUUGGCUCAGAAAGCGGCAAGUUUCGAAGCAGACGCGAGUGACAGUGACGAUGAUUUGACCAUCCUAUUAAACGAUGAGGAUUGCAAGACGUUUCGAGUCUCCGCUGGGGCUUGCCCGAGGAGUUUUAGGCAUGAGGAGGACGAGAAUGGUAAUUUUGGUAACGGUGCAGAGAGAAACGGGUCUGGUGAGAAUUGGAAGUUAGGUGAUGGACUGGAGCUGAAUUCGAAUGGUCAUGGUGGUCAGAGAGGAAAAUGCGUGAAUGGUGGCUAUAAUUCGCAUUAUAAGUACAUACGAUCUCAUGGAUCAGCAAUUUCAAGUAAUAUAAGAGCAAAUGGAUUUAGGGAGGUGGCAUCUUUAUCUUCUAUGUCAGCUAGGGGUGAUUUGGAGGAUAAUAGGGGUAUCCAAUUCAAGAGUUCUGGCUCCAAUCAGGUUUCUGAUACGUGUGGCAAUCCCAGCUUAGUUGUCUCACCACCAUUGUAUAGAACAAUAUUGAAUAUAGAUAUCGACGCAUUGAAGAAGAAACCAUGGAUGUGUCUCGGAGCAGAUAUUACUGACUUUUUUAAUUUUGGUUUUGAUGAGGAGAGUUGGAAACAAUACUGGAAGUCCCUGCAGCAAGCAUCCAUGUGGGUAAGGAAACAAGUUUCUGGUUGUCCUAAACCUAAUUGGGCUUCCGCAGUUGGAGAUGAAAAUGAGGAAGCUGGCCAAGCAGCUGCUAAUAACAAUACUCAAGGUAAAACAUGUUCAGAAUUUGCUGAUGGCAGAGCAAGGACUUCAUGCUUGCCAAGGGGAAGAGCAAUUCAUGUUGAAGACGCUAUUGGUGACCGUCAGCCAUCAAUGGACAUAAAGCGUCCACGUUAUCGGGAUUCUGAUGUGGUGAUACAGAUUCCUUUGCAGGAUUUCACUGUAGAUUCCUCUGGCUCAAGCAAGGAGGAAAAAGAACAUACUGGUUGCAGUAUACAUGACACAUCAAGAAAUGGGAAUUUACAUGUAGAUGAUAGUAGAAAUAUUCAGUUUUCUGACGGUAGCGGUGGCAGUGGAGAUGAAUUCACUGCAGAAUCUUUGGAGGAAGAUUUCAGGAUCCCAGAUGUGUCAUCUUCGUUGAGAAGGUGUUCAAUGCCCAUGAUUGCAUCUAAUCAGAUGUCUUUGGACACUGACCGUCAAGAACAUGCAACAAUCUCUGUUAUGGAUCCCUACAACCAUCCAAACAUGAGUGCUUGCUGUUCGAAGAUUACUGGAGCAAAGGAAUCUGUUGAUAAGGAAGAGAAAAGAAUCAACACAAAUGCAAGCAAUUCUGAUCCUUUUCGAAUAGAGAAAGAACUAUCAGCUGGUGGUCUGAGUCCUUGUAGCCUUACUACUUGUUCUGAGAGUGACACGGAGGCAUUUAGAGCUACUGUUCAUGGUGAUCCUAUGGAAACCUAUGGUUCAAGACAACCAUCCCCUGAGUUACAGGAAUCAGACUCAUCACACUAUGAGAACUAUAAAAGGCAUGGCAUUAAAACAAAAACAGAGAAUGGGAAAGGACAUUCAGGAUAUGGAAGUUCAUUUCAAGAAAAAAAGAAACCCCUUGGUGAAAAACUCAAGUCUACUGCAAAAAGCAAGAUAUAUCCUAAAAGUGAUGACGAUUCUCCCCUCGUACCAAAAAGAAAGGGUGACAGUAAAACUUCUGUGAGAUAUAAAAGUCCCCUUCAAUUUCAAGAGGAAAGGACUCAUCUUAGUCACAGACCAUGUCUGGAUUUUGAACAGGAGACCUCCACAAAAAAUGCCGGCAGUGCUUCCUCUAUGUCAAAAUCAGUUGCAGAACUGUAUGAUAGAGAUGACACAUCAGUGGAUGAGGGAAGAUGGAAUGGUAGGUUGCACGAUUAUCUUAACAAAGAAAACUGUGCUUAUCACAAGGGAAAGGGAAUUCAUUGUGGUGGCCAUGAGAGGUUUGCUGAAAAGCAUGCUUGCACUGUUUAUUCAAGGUAUUCUCCUAGGAAAUCUCAUCAGAGCUCCAGAGAUGAUGUAGAUCAAUAUGCCAGAAGAAAUUGCAAUGAGAAGGGGUACUAUUCUAGAAGAGGAUACACUAACAGGGACACGAGUCCUCGCACUUCAAAGGAGUACAGAUCAUUGACUUCAAAGUAUUCCUGUGAUCACAAAGGGAGGGAUGCACAAUGGAGGAGAGAGCAAGAAAAACUCCAGUUCAGGAAGAGAACUGAAUAUGAACACAUAGAUGAUUUACAUAGAGACAAGUAUGCCCGGUCAAAUUCAUUCACUGAUUGGAUGAGGGAUGAUACUUUUAGUGAAACAUAUGAAGGAGAAUUUCCAGUGUUUGAGAGAGAAUUGGAAUUUUCUGGUGGAAGGGAUAGGUGUCGGAAUGCUCCAUGCUUGCUCUUCGAUAGAAAUUCAAGGGGAACACGUUAUACGAGAAAUCCAGAUCAUAGAUUUUUCUGCUCUCAGUCACGUAGUGAAUCUUGCCCUGUGAAAGGCGGAAGAGAUGAUUUUUGUAGAAAUGAUUUUCAUAAAAAUGAUGUUAAGAAUUUUGAAGUUAUUGAAGCCUAUGAUGGGCGUAGGAGAAAAACACAUGAGGAUGAAGGAAGAGAUGGUUGGUUUGGUGGCUGCAAUGGUACUGAAGAAAUUGAAAAUAGUCUAAUGUAUAAGCACAAUCAAGUUAAUUUGAGGAGAAGGCAGUAUAGUUGGAAAUCUGGAGUAUUUCACUGCAGUAAGGAUGAGUUCAUUGUAAAGCAUCAACAUGAUGAAUUUGUUACCAAUGAGGCACUGUUACCCUAUGAAGAAGCUUUGAUGCGUGACAGAAUUUUUUCUAAACAUCGAUUUGCAGAGGAUGAGAGGCAUAUUGAUGACAUAGAGUUGGAGCACCAUCGAUACAAAAUGAUAAAAAGUGGGAAUGGUUAUCAUUCUGCUACUAGAAGUACGGGUCUUUAUGAGCAUGAACAGUCAUUCCUGAGGUGCAGGGAUUCAGUUGACUUAAUUCUUGGGGAAGUCGAGUUUCCCAGAAGAUUCUCCAAUGGAAGAAAGGUGAUGCGUAAUGGCAGGGUUAAAAAUAUGGACAAAAAGUUUAUGAAGCAGCAUAUGACCUCAAGGUUUUUUAAUGACUAUCAGAGAGAGGAAGACCUCAGAAACAUAGAACUCAAAACAAGUGAUGAGAGAUGGCUGGGUGAGCAUCUGAUUAAGGAACAGGAUGAGAAUUUGGACAUUGAGGAGGGCCAGAUAAUUGUGGAAGAACUAAAUAUGGUCGAUUACUCUGAAAUAAAAUCUGCACCUGAAACUGCAGCACAUUACGUGAAGAGGACGACGAACCAUACUGAAAAUCCUUUGGGUAAGAAUAAUGUUCAAAUUGAUGAACAGAGGAUACUAGAAACAAUAGCGAAAAUGGAGAAACGAAGAGAACGAUUCAAGGAACCAAUGUCAGUGAGAAAGGAACCGGAGACAAUCCUUCAUGCUCAAACUGAACAAGUACCUGACAUCACUGAAAAUAAGCAACAGAGGCCAGCUAGAAAGAGGCGGUGGCAUGGAAGUUAGGUUCGGAUCACGUACUGAUAAAUCUAUUUACUUAUUUACAGAGGUGCAAUUACAUACUCUGUCUAGGGAUUCAGGUUUCCAGCUGCUAUUGGAUUAAAGGCAGCAAUUUUAAUUGGAAAUACAUCAAUAAGAUGACAUACACCAUACUGGGUUUGGUUUUGCUUUUGGUUCUUGUUCUCUAAGGAGGGGCAAGGAAUUAGCUUGAAAUUUCCAAUUUGAUUGACUUGAAAACAGAAUUGUGUAAGAUUCGUGUUCGUAUAAUGGGUGCGAAUUCAAGAA